ACUGAGAGAGCCCCUGCCACAAGUGGACCUUGCGGUGUUGUUUGGAGGGUGUCCUGCUGCGGGAGGGCACUGCGGUGCUGGGGCUGUCCCUGGGGCAGUGGGCAGUUCCCUGCUGCUGGACCCCCGGCUCUGGGCUGGGGUCCCUGCAGUGGCAGGAGCAGUGGGUGAGGUGGGGAUCCAGUGGCUCUUCCCAUCAGAUGAUGUCAGGCAGCAGCACCAGCGGGAGUGCCCAGCCCUGGGCUGCUGCCAACAGCCUUUGGAUUACCAGGAAGCCAUCCUGUUCCUGGGGGGCAGGAGCUGGGAAAGGGGGGCUGUGUGUGAGCAUCCCUCUGGGGCAGGGUACCAUGGGCCUGUCCUGGGGUGUUCUCCUCAUCCAUCCUGUCCUACUGUUGCUUCAUUACUGUCGUGUCACCCGGCCUCUUGUUGGUGCUGACACUGGAUGCAGUUGAUGCCCACCAGGUAUGUGUUGCUGUUAACAGCAGAUGAGCUGGUUGCUUAGGUGAGGGUUAAAUAAACCAGCAGUGAAUUCCCCGGUGUCUCAUUCAACCUGUAGCUGCUCUGCUGAAGCUCCAGACUGCACUUUGGCAAGGAGCAGGCUGCAUGCAGACAGGAUUUAAUUACAGUUAGGUGAUAUCACAGCUUGCUGUAAGGGCUGGAUGCUUCACUCUGCGUGACAGGUUGAGGGCAUAUGCAAGGUAAUAACCAGGUUAGAUACAGAUGCUUGUCACUUCAGGUGUCCUCAAUCAUGUUACAUCCUUUCUGUCAACACUGGGCUAGUUCUGUGGGAAGAGCUGUUGUUCAGAUGGAAACUCAAGGGGGAGAAAAGGUGUGUGAACGUCAGGGCUGUGCUGUGAUUGUGCCAUGCACAUGAAACUGUGUUGUUGUGUUUUGGAGCUGAAGCCUCCAGCAGGCUGAGGCGGGUCUGCUAUCCCUGCAUCUCUCUUGGAUAACGGACCUGUGACAGGAAUUACUGAGGAGAUGCCAGAAGCAGCCUGCAGUUUUGGAAACAAAUACUCCCGCUGUGGCAGCUGAUUCUAAGGAGUCACAAACCGCACCCACCAGCUGCCUGGAGCAGCAGUAUUUUCUGCAGCUUUCCUGGUCUCCUGCACAUUUCUGUGACCUAGAGCUGGUGCUUCUUUCCAGGGAGACCCCCGGCACAAUCACUGACAACUGAUGAAAUGCCAUGGCUGGUGGGAGGCAUUGGGAAGCCAUGGCCCAGGUGUGCCGGGGUGCCCUUCAGUCUUAAAAGCUUGGUUUCACUUCUCUUCAGCUCUGGAGUUUCCAAAACACACUUGUAAGAUGAGCCAGCAGGAAUUCAUGGCAUCUGCUUGCAGUUCCAAGCGUUACGUUCCUGCAGCUGGGAGCAGGGAGCCAAGGACACUCCUGGAUGUACAGCCGAGUUCUGGGAAGGGAGGGCAAAUUGCAUCAGGCUCUGUGAGUCAGAAUGGGGUUCGGUGCUGCCACCAGACGUGGCUUUCCUCUGUCACUGCCCAGCGUGGUCUACAAAGGCUUGCUGUCCCCUGGGAACGUGGUCUCUGAGCUUCAGGGGCAGCCCAAGAGGCUGCAGGAGCUCUGCAGAGCCUUCAGCUCCUCCGUGCAUAUGUGCAGAGUGAAUACCAGGACAUCAGUGGGAGGUGUGUAGCUACACGCAGCUGUAGUUCCAGGAACUUGAGCCACGUCCCUCUGGGGAACAGCAGAGAGGUCUUUUGGGGCCAGCUUUUAUUUCCAUCAUAUUAGGUUGGAUUUGGGGAGAGAGGGGGAAGGAAAGAGUAAACCAACAGCAAAUAACAUGAAAAGCAGGCUUUGGCUUGCAGUGAGGGCUUGCCAUGCCAUUGUUGUUUGAAAGGCUUCACUUUAUGGCAGGCGCCUCCAAAGCAUGGAGCUAAUUUCAAGUUUUCUUUUUUGUAAAGUCAGCCUGUGCCUCUUGAAGGAGGCUUAGUCACGUGCCUUCCCUGGCAUAUGGGAUUUUUCUGAGGAGUUAUGUUCCUUCUUUUCACUUUCUUGUGAGACUCUUGAGUCCCUGCAGUGCUCAAGGAGCAGCUGGCCCUGCCUUGGGAACCUCUGUGUGUGCAGUAGCUUCAUAGCCUUAUUUGGGAACUUGCUCCCCAGGCACAGGUCAGCAUUUCCACUGCCACUCACAUCCUUCCCUCUUGAGCAACACUGAUCUCCUAAGAAAUUGCCCUUGGUUAGCCCAUCCCUUGGUGAAAUGUGGAGUCCUGGCUCUGUAAGAAGGCUCUACAAAGCUCUACAAGGUGGUGGUGGUCUCUCUGGAACAUGGUUCUACCUUUGCUGGAGGGUACUGGUGCUGGGAGCCCCCCAGGGAGGUUUGGUGGAAACUGAGGAGGCUUUGAUAGGUGCGGGGCCCAUCACCGAGUCCUCUCCAAGCAUUGAGUUUUCAGGGAGACGCACAAAGUACCUGUUCAUCCUGAUAUCCAAGUAUUCCCAUCAGCUCAAUAGAUCAUCUGGGAUGCAUAGAGCUGGUUUUGGGUUACAGUCUGGUUGGAUGCAGCUUUUGUGGCUAAGGAUCGAUCUGCUAAUAGUGAAGCAUAGAGCUGUCAUGUUUCUGCAGACUCAUAACACAGAUGUAGGGUGUAACAGCCCCGUUCAUCUUGCAGUUCCUGCAAGUAAAUAGUGUUGCCAGGAUCUCUACAGCUGGAGCAUUUUCCUUCUGCCAGUUGUGGGCUGCAGGGUGGCAUCUGGCAGCAAUGGUCCAGCAGCUUGGAGGUGAGCACAUGGAGAGAGGUGACAGGGCAAGGCUGGCACAGCCCACCGUGUUUCUGGGUCAGAAUAAGCUGCUGCUUCAGCAAAAGUGCCAGAGGUGAAAGGAGGAAAAAAAGUCAGGGGAGCUGCAGCCCAGUCAAUCUAGCUUAAUUUCCUGGAAGAAUAUCAAAACAAAGACAUUGCUCCUGAGAAGAAAACAGCUGCAGGCUUUUGCUGAGUGUGAGCCAUGCCCAAUCCUGCUUUCCUCUCAGGUGGGUUUGCACUCUGAGGGAUGAGGAGCAGCAGGCACCACACAUCUUGCCUGCAGUGAGGCUUGUUAAACUCCUGGGAUUUCUCCGAAGUCAGCUAGAGAAAUACCAUCCACCCCAGUUUCUCUACUUCAGUGCAUCACUCUUUGGGGCUCCUUGAUCUCUGUCAAACUAAAAGAAGAACUAAGGGUUAAUUUCAGUUUUAGGUUAAUUCCAAUAUUGUUCAAGCAUUUCCUGCCACACCCCAGCACUCUGGGGUGGUUAACCCUUCUGCAGCUGCUCCAUGCUCUCACAUCCUGUUCCUGCAUCCUCUCAUUCCAGCAGGAGGAACUGAUCGUGACUUUGAGCCGUUGUGAAGGGACUGUUUUUAUGGUACUUCGCUAAGUUUUGAAAGCCUGAAAUAAAGGUUUAUUGAGGUUCUGCAAGCCCUUCCUGCAAGAGGCCCACAGUGUGAGGAGGAACUGGGUUCUCAGAUGCUAUAAAAUUAAUAUGAAACUGCCUGGAAAACCAUUGCCAGGGAACACGACAGUGGCUCACUGUUCAGCUGAAAGGAUUUAUCAAGUAAAUUCCUUGUUUUGGCUUGGACUCGAGAAUGUGCUUAUUGAACUUGCAGGCUGUGCUGAGCUGGGGAUGGAUCUGAGAGCUUUGAAGAGCAGGAUCAGAAUCAAAACAAACUCAACAGAUUGCCUAAAUGGUCUGAAAGAAACACCAUGAUGUUCAAUAAGGAGAAGUGCAGAGAACUACACUUGGGUGAGAACAGCUGAUUGCGUGAAAAUGGAGUGGGAGGAGGUCUAGGCCGUGUUCCUGCAGAGAGACAUGGUGGCUGCUGUGGCUCUGAUGUGAAGCAGUACGUGUAUGGAGGCUGGGCCUGGGCUUGGUGGUGCAUCACUGACACCCAAAGGAUUUCCCUAGAGAUAAUGACGUUACAGCCCAGGUGUGAGGACGUAGAGACGGCGGAGGGGGUAGCUUUAACUGUCACAGGUGUGGCACAGGUGAAGAUAAUGACUGAGAAGGAGCUUCUGGCUGUGGCCUGCGAGCAGUUCUUGGGGAAGAACGUGCAAGAUGUGAAGAACGUGGUCCUUCAGACACUGGAGGGGCAUCUGCGCUCCAUCCUAGGUACCCUGACGGUGGAGCAGAUCUACCAGGACAGGGACCAGUUUGCCAAGCUGGUGCGGGAGGUGGCAGCUCCCGAUGUGGGUCGCAUGGGCAUCGAGAUCCUGAGCUUCACCAUCAAGGAUGUCUAUGAUAAAGUGGAUUACCUGAGCUCCCUGGGGAAGACCCAGACCGCAGCUGUCCGGAGGGAUGCAGACAUUGGGGUGGCAGAAGCCGAGCGAGACGCCGGCAUCCGGGAGGCAGAGUGCAAGAAGGAAAUGCUGGAUGUCAAGUUCAUGGCAGAUACCAAAAUAGCUGAGUCCAAGCAGGCGUUUGAAUUGCAGAAAGCUGCCUUCACUGAGGAGGUCAACAUGAAGACCGCAGAGGCCGAGCUGGCCUAUGAGCUCCAGAGCGCCCGGGAGCAGCAGAAAAUCCGCCAGGAAGAGAUUGAAAUCGAGGUGGUGCAGCGCAAGAAGCAGAUCGAGGUGGAGGAGAAGGAGGUGACCCGGAUGGAGAAGGAGCUGAUCGCCACGGUGAAGCGGCCGGCCGAGGCCGAGGCCUAUCGCAUCCAGCAGAUCGCCGAGGGCGAGAAGCUGAAGCAGGUCCUCCUUGCUCAGGCGGAGGCGGAGAAGAUCCGCAAGAUCGGAGAGGCGGAGGCCUUUGUGAUUGAGGCCGUGGGGAUGGCGGAGGCUGAGGGGAUGAAGCUGAAAGCUGAAGCACUCCAGAAGUACGGAGAAGCUGCCCAGCUGGCUCUGGUGCUGGAUGCGUUGCCUGAGAUCGCUGCCAAAGUGGCUGCUCCCCUCUCCAAAGUGGACGAGAUCGUUAUCCUUAGCGGAGAAAACAGCAGCACGACGUCCGAGGUGACCCGACUGCUGGCCGAGAUCCCCGCCUGCGUGCGCGCCGUCAGCGGCGUGGACCUCGCUAAGAUCCCCCUGAUCCAGAAAGUCACCGGGGCCCAGGUGUGAGGCUGGCCAGCCCAAAGCUAGUGAAGGUCACUCCUCGUUAUGCACUCAGACAUCAACUGCCUUCAACACAGGGGAAUUCUUUUGAUAUCAAAGACAAUCAGAGUUUCAUUUUUAA